AACAUUAUUUAGCUAGUAUUCUACUUCCGGUUGAAGAAGAAACAACUUGUAGGAUUUCAAAAAAAUGGUACACCCUUUCAUUUUGUUAGUCAAAUUUUUAUUUCUAAAUGCGGGACUGGCACGAGCGCAAAAUUAUUUGGCAGAUAACAAACGGAUCAACAAUGCUACUCUGUUGGAAGUGCAUAUGCGGCUCUAUAACGAUUUGCGCUCCCGGGAUGCAGCGUGUGAGGAUAAAAAUGUUGGCAGAGCAACUGCAGACGACACGGCACACGACAGCACAGCCGAAUUGGAAAGUGUUUUAACGACUGCAGUGCACGGCUACGAUUGGUGGAGCGCAUCUUUGCUUGUUAGCGAACUGCUCAACAGCACACAAAAUGCCACUGUACAUUACAUUGGCUACAAAGUGUUGUGGCGCAAAUUAAUAGCGGAUAAGUUGCAAUACGAUCCCGAAUAUGUAAUCGGUUUUUAUUCGAAACUCAAGAAUGUCACCAAGGAUUUGGGGAUGCACACAGGACCACUAAUUGAACUUGAGCGCGAAAUACGUGCACACCUUGUGACGCGUAGUGCACAACUGCUUGAGGGUACGCUGCAUCCUGCGAAUUAUGAGCAGAUAAACGCAAUUUGUAUGAACGCAUCAAAUUAUGAGGUUGCGCGUAGCAUACUCACACAGUUGGAUCCAAUUAAAUUGGGUGAGAAUAUUUUCGAAGAAAUUCUGAAUGUGACCUUUGACGCUGUCGAGUUGUUGGAGCGCAAAACAGAUACCGUUACAGCGCUCAAUUGUUUGGGUUUGAAUGCCAACCAACGUUUGAUAGCGCACCUAGUAUAUUUGCAGCGUAAUAGCGAUUUGCAACCGCUGCUAUACAAAAACAUACAACAACUAGUUGGCGUCUGUGAUUUGAAUAACUUGGCGCCAAGGUACUUGCAACGCAUCGGCGCUUUCCUGCCCACAUCUAUGGCGGUGCUGCAUAAUGCCAGCGCAGUUUGCAUUCAUAAUACAACCGGUAAUUUCGGUUAUCUAAGUGAAUGUUCGCAAACUUCCUUGAUGUGCACUUUCCCCAAUGACUUUAAGUUCCGUUCGGCUUUUCAAUUUGAGCGCUUGUUGGGCAACAAGUAUAUAUUUCACAGCACCUAUUGGCGGAAUUAUAUAAAAUUGGAAAAUAGUGGCAAUAAUGGCAACAGCACCGUGCCACCGGCGUUCAUUAAGAACAUUUAUGGUGCCACAACGCCCAGUGUGUGGCAAGCUGUGUUCGUGGGUAACAACGUCGCAUUGGUGGACCCCAGCAUGCGUCAGUACUUGUGCGGUGGCAAUCAGAGCAUGUGGAGCAACGAAGAGCAAUAUGUUUAUAGCCGCCGUGCCGAGGACUUUCAAUUGUAUCAGCAUGAGUGCCUUUGGUUGAUAGAAGACUGCAGUGGUAUGAUCUAGUUUGUGAUUCUGGAGGACAAUAAAAAAAUUAAUGGUAUUAAAUUGGUUAAAGUUAAUGAAUAUUGAAUAAAUUUCUUACUUGAUCAAUA